GCACGCCCCUCUUUCAUAUCUCUAUAUCUCUCAGCUCUUUUCUUCUCUUGUGACACUGCUAAUAUUUUUUUUAUCGUCGUCUCCGGCGUUCGAAGAUCAUAAAAACCGGAGUCGUUUCAAAUGGCUACGAGAACGGAUCUUGAUGGGAGGCCAAUAAAGCCGAUGACGAUAUGCAUGAUCGGUGCCGGAGGCUUCAUCGGCUCCCACCUUUGCGAGAAAUUGAUGUCGGAGACCCCGCACAAGGUGCUCGCCUUGGACGUUUACAAUGACAAGAUCAAGCACCUCCUCGAGCCUGACUCUCUCCCUUGGGCUGGCCGUAUUCAGUUCCACCGACUUAACAUCAAGCACGAUUCUAGGCUCGAAGGCCUCAUCAAGAUGGCAGAUCUCGUGAUAAAUCUUGCUGCCAUCUGUACUCCGGCAGAUUAUAAUACGCGUCCACUAGACACGAUUUACAGCAAUUUUAUUGAUGCACUUCCUGUGGUGAAGUACUGUUCAGAGAACAACAAGCGUCUCAUUCACUUCUCUACUUGUGAAGUGUAUGGAAAAACUAUUGGAAGCUUUCUUCCUAAAGAUUCUCCUCUCCGUCAGGAUCCUGCCUACUAUGUUCUUAAGGAAGAUACUUCCCCCUGCAUUUUUGGUUCAAUUGAGAAGCAGAGGUGGUCCUAUGCAUGUGCCAAGCAGUUGAUUGAGAGGCUCAUUUAUGCUGAAGGGGCAGAGAAUGGCCUCGAGUUCACUAUUGUGAGGCCUUUUAACUGGAUUGGACCCAGGAUGGAUUUCAUUCCUGGCAUUGAUGGUCCUAGUGAGGGAGUUCCCAGAGUUCUUGCAUGCUUUAGUAAUAAUCUCCUACGUCGUGAACCACUUAAGCUUGUGGAUGGUGGCGAAUCUCAGAGAACUUUUAUAUACAUAAAGGAUGCUAUUGAAGCUGUUCUCUUGAUGAUUGAAAAUCCAGAUAGGGCCAAUGGCCAUAUUUUCAAUGUGGGUAACCCGAACAAUGAAGUCACAGUUAGGCAACUUGCUGAAAUGAUGACUAAGGUCUAUGCCAAGGUUAGUGGAGAAACUGUGCUGGAGUCUCCAACAGUUGAUGUCAGCUCCAAGGAAUUUUAUGGUGAGGGUUAUGAUGAUAGUGACAAGAGAAUUCCAGACAUGACCAUAAUAAACAAACAACUCGGUUGGAACCCCAAGACAUCCCUUUGGGACUUGCUCGAAUCUACCCUAACCUACCAACACAGGACUUAUGCCGAGGCUAUUAAGAAAUCCAUAGCAAAACCUUCUGCAUCCUAAAGGAGGCUAGAUGUUUAAACCACGGCUAAGAAAGGACUCAUGAAAUGUGCUUUAUGGCAAAUGUUUCAAUUCUUCUUUCCCCCCCUUCUUUUAGGAAGUCUUAAAUAUAUCAUAAUGUUGCUUUUCUUUAUACCCCCCCCCCCCUUUUUUUUUUGUCUUCCCCGUGUUGGUAGUUGAUAGCUCACUGUAGCUCUGGCAGCUAUGUUAUCAGAAUGGUUUUAUGUGGAGACGUUCUUACUAGGGAAUGGUAUUGUUUUAGUAUUAUAAUUAUUAUUCCAGUGGGCUUUGAGCUGCAGCAGCAUGUUGGGGGCGUUAAAUAUUACACAAAAGGAAAGGAAAAACUGUUUUUAUGGUUUUUUAGAUGGUUCUAUAA